AUGACGACCACCUACCAUUCGAUCAAACUGAGAAACGGAUUCAACGUCGCUUAUGUCCAAGCCGGUGAUCCCACAAAAACAAAAACAACUUUACUACUGCUACAUGGUUUUCCCUCAUCAUCCAAUCAAUUCCGGCGAUUGAUCCCACUCUUGUCAGACCAAUUCCACAUCAUCGCACCCGAUCUCCCUGCUUUCGGUCUGACAACUGUCCCAGACGACUUCGAAGCUACCUUCGAUAAAUUGACUCAGGUAGUCGCCGACUUGCUCGAUGCCCUAGAGAUCAAGUCUUUCAUCCCAUACGUGUUUGACUACGGUGCUCCUACUGGAUAUCGCUUAGCCUUGAAGCGACCAGACGCUUUCAAAGGUCUGAUCAUUCAGAAUGGUAAUGCUUACGAAGCAGGUUUAUCAGCCUGGUGGGAUCCCUUGCGACAGUAUUGGGCAACGGACAAGGGAAGUAAAGAAUGGUUAGAUAUCAGAGAUAAAUUAGCCGGUGCAAUAGGAUUGAAAGAUGCGAAAGAUCAGUACGUAUCUGGAUUAUCCUCCGAUCUCGCCAAACAAGUAGAUCCAAAUACCUAUACACUCGAUUACUUGCUCAACCUCGCACCGGGAAAGAAAGCUCAACGACAAUUAGAUUUAUUCUACGACUACCAAAACAACGUCAAGCUAUAUCCCCAAUUCCACGAAUUUUUCACAAAGACUCAACUUCCCACAUUGAUCUUAUGGGGUGCGAACGAUCAAUACUUUCCUCUUCCAGGCGCUCACGCCUAUCUCACCGACUUGCCGAAUGCUCAGCUCAACGUAUUCCAAGAUGGAAGUCACUUCUUACUCGAAACUCAUGUAGAACAAGUAGCUAGAAACAUGAAGGAAUUCUUGCAGAAGGAAGGGCUGGCGUAA